GAUAGUGACGGCCCAGUGUGGGCGCAGUCGGCCCCAGGGUCGCGCUGCUGAGGCCGCCGCCAAGGUUCGGGCUCAGGGCAUGAGUGCUCUCUGGGGUUCCAGGUGCUCUAGCGGUGGCCUGCGGAAAGCUGGAGGAUCCAGUGUGGGGCCGAGAAUUAGGAGAGAAAAGUGACCUGAGCACAGAAGAAUGUCUGUGGUGCGUGAGCUAUCGCCAGGAUGGUUACUGGAUCAUCUUUCUUUCAUUAACAAGAUAAGUUAUGAACUUCACCAGCAUCAUGAGCCUUGUUGCAGUAAAAAUGAGCCUACUUCUUCUGUUCACCUUGAUACUCUUCACAUGGACUCUAUGUCCUCUUUUGGAGCCUCUGCUACCUGUAUUGCUUCUACCACUAAGCCAGAAAAUGAUGAUGGAGGAAAUUGUGAAAUGUUCAUACAAAAAUAUGUUUUUCGAUCUGAACUGUUUGAUGUCACCAAACCUUAUAUAACUUCUGCUAUUCACAAAGAAUGCCAACAAAGUAAUGAAAAGGAAGAUCUAGUAAAUGAUGUUAAGAAAGAAAUCUCCAUUUCUGUUAAUGGGAAGAAGCGUAAGAGAUGUGUUGUUUUCAAUCAAGGUGAAUUGGAUGCUAUGGAAUACCAUACAAAGAUCAGGGGGCUGAUUUUGGAUGGAUCUUCACAGUUAAUCCAAGAAGGUCUCAAAAGUGGCUUUCUUCAUCCACUUUAUGAAAAACAGGACAAGUAUAGUGAGCCCAUUACUUUACCACUUGAUACCUGCAAUUUGUCAGAAUUAUGUGAAAUGGCAAAGCAUUUGCCUUCUCUGAAUGAAAUGGAACUUCAAACGUUACAAUUGAUGGAAGAUGAUAUAUCUGUUACAGAGCAGGAUUUAUUUUCACGGAUUGUUGAAAACAACUCUAGUUUUACAAAAAUGAUUACUUUAAUGGGACAGAAAUACCUGCUGCCACCAAAAAGCAGUUUUCUUUUGUCUGACAUUUCUUGCAUGUACCCGCUUCUGAGCUGUAAGAAAACAUAUGAUGUAAUUGUGAUAGAUCCACCAUGGCAGAACAAAUCAGUUAAAAGAAGUAACAGAUAUAGUUAUUUAUCACCACUGCAAAUAAAGCAGAUACCUAUCCCUAAGCUGGCUGCUCCAAACUGUCUUGUUGUUACUUGGGUGACGAAUAGACAGAAGCACCUACGUUUUGUUAAGGAAGAACUUUACCCUUCUUGGUCUGUGGAGAUAGUUGCUGAAUGGCACUGGGUAAAAAUCACCAGUUCAGGAGAGUUUGUGUUCCCAUUAGAUUCUCCACACAAAAAGCCUUACGAAGGUCUUAUACUGGGAAGAGUUCGAGAAAAAGCUGCUUUACCAUUAAGGAAUGCAGAUGUAAAAGAGCUCCCCAUUCCAGAUCACAAGUUAAUUGUCAGUGUGCCCUGUACGCUUCACUCACAUAAGCCACCUCUUGCUGAGGUUCUAAAAGACUAUAUCAAGCCAGAGGGGGAAUAUUUGGAAUUGUUUGCUCGAAAUUUACAGCCAGGUUGGACUAGUUGGGGCAAUGAAGUUCUGAAAUUUCAACAUGUGGAUUAUUUUGUUGCCCUGGAGUCUAAAAGUUGACUAUGUUCUUAAAAUUGUGUUUUUCUUCAGUUUUUCCUCACUCCUUCUCUGUUCAUUCUAAUAGAUUUUUCCUUUUAUUACCAAACAGUAUGCUUAGAGAUGUAAACAGGACUUGGUUUUUCAGCAGAAUGAUUAGAAGUGACUAGCUGUCAUAUAAUUUUGAGAUGAAUUUUACUUCAGUUGCACUAGUAUUUCACAUUAUUCUGGGCUCUACAAAUAAAGAGGUAAGCAGUUAGAACGAUGGUAAGACUUUGUUACUGAAAAAGUUCAGAAAGCAUGCACUAUGGACCUGAAGUCACAAUUCUAUAUAUGGGUGUGUUUUGUUUGGCCCAUAUGGUGUUAUAAAAAAAAUUGGAGCCAUCAUUCUAAAAAAAUCAGGAAAUUUCACAUAAUAAGUCCAUAUUUCUGCCUUUCUUUAAACGUCAGAAACUCUGGCUACACUGCAGCCUGUGUUCUUUCCUGGCAUCAGUCUGUGGGACCCAGUGGUGGCAGCUUAUUUGGGAAGGGCCAUGUACUCUCCAGUUUACCACAGUAACCCUUGUCCCAUGCCACUCACUCAUAUUGUCUUCCUGACCCCUGUACAACUUGAAUUUAGAAUAUCUAGUAUACUGCUACAUUCUGGAAAAUGUAUUCAAAGACCUGCUAAGUACUGCAUCACUGUAUUGAGUUCAUGAAACAUUUUUUGGAGGGUUUUAAAUUUCAUUCAGGGUCACUUUUCAAUUACUUUUUAGUUUUGCUUGUUUUUCUAGAAGAAAAAUAAAUUCUUAAUAAUGUCAGAAAGUAAACACUGCUUGGACUUAAUUGAUAUUUAUAGAACAUUCCAUCCAAAAGCAGCAGAAUACACAUUCUUCUCAAGUGCACAUGGACCAUUCUCCAGGAUAGAUCACAUGCUGGGCCACAAAGCAAACCUUGGUAAAUUUAAGAAAAUUGAAAUCAUAUCAAGCAUCCUUUCCAACCACACUGCUAUGAGAUUAGAAAUCAACUACAAGGAAAAAACUGUAGAAAACACAAACAUGGGACUUCCCUGGUGGUGCAGUGGUUAAGAAUCUGCCUGCCAAUGCAGAGGACAUGGGUUCAAGCCCUGGUCCGGGAAGAUCCCACAUGCUGUGGAGCAACUAAGCCCAUGUGCCACAACUACUAAGCCGGCAUUCUAGAGCCCAUGAGCCACAACUACUGAGUCCGUGUGCCACAACUACUGAAGCCCGAUCACCUAGAGCCAGUGCUCCGCAACUAGGCAUAGAGGGCACCUGCCUCAACAUAAUACAGGCCAUAUAUGACAAACCCACAGCUAACAUCAUCCUUAGUGGUGAUAAGCUGGCUGCAUUUCCUCUAAGAUCAGUGAGAUCAGGCUGACAGAAUUUCCUCUAAGAUCAGGAACAAGACAAGGAUGUUCACUGUCACCACUUGUAUUCAACAUAGUUUUGGAAGUCCUAGCCAUGGCAAUCAGAGAAGAAAAAAACCCCAAAAAACCAAAGAAAUCCAAAUUGGAAAAGAAGUGAAACUGUCACUGUUUACAGAAAAUCCUAAAGAUGCUACCAGAAAACUACUAGAGUUCCUCAAUGAAUUUGGUAAGGUUGCAGGAUACAAAAUUAAUACACAGAAAUCUGUUGCAUCUCUAUACACUAACAAUGAAAGAUUGGAAAGAGAAAUUAAGGAAACAAUCCCAUUUGCCAUUGCAUCAAAAUAAUAAAAUACCUAGGAGACAAAAGGCCUGUACUCUGAAAACUAUAAGAUGCUGAUGAAAGAAAUGGAAUAUGAUACAAACAGAUGGAAAAAUAUACUGUGUUCUUGGAUUGGAAAAAUCAGUAUUGUCAAAAUAGCUAUACUACCCAAGGCAGCUACAGAUUCAUUGCAAUCCUUUUAAAUCAAAUUACCAAUGGAAUUUUUCAUGGAACUAGAACAAAAAUUUUAGAAUUUGUAUGGAAACACAAAAGACCCCUAAUAGCCAAAGUAAUUCUGAGAAAGAAAAAUGGGGCUGGAGGAACCAGGCUCCCUGACUUCAAACUAUACUACAAAGCUGCAGUAAUCAAAACAGUAUGGUGCUGGCACAAAAACAGAAAUAUAGAUUAAUGGAACAAGAUAGAAUGCCUAGAAAUAAACCCAUGCACCUAUGGUCAAUUGAUCUAUGACGAAGAUGGAAAGAAUAUACAAUGGAGAAAAGACAGUCUCUUCAAUAACUGGUGCUGGGAAAACAGCUACAUGUAAAAGAAUGAAAUUAGAACAUUCUCUAACACUAUACACAAAAAUAAAAUGGAUUAAAGGCCUAAAUGUAAGACCAGAUACUAUAAAACUCUUAGAGGAAAACAUAGGUGGAACACUCUGACAUAAAUUAUAGAAAUAUCUUUUUGUAUCCACCUCCUAGAGUAAUGAAAAUAAAAACAAAAAUACACAAAUGGGGCCUAAUUAAACUUAAAAGCUUUAUCACAGCAAAGGAAAUCAUAAACAAAAUGAAAAGACAACCCACAGAAAGGGAGGAUAUCUUUGCAAACGAAGUGACUGACAAGCGAUUAAUCUCCAGAAUAUACAAAUAGCUCAUGCAGCUCAAUAUCAAAAAAACAAAAACAACCCAAUCAAAAAAUUGACAGAAGAUCUAAAUAGACAUUUCUCCAAAGAAGACAUACAGAUGGCCAAAAAAACAUGAAAAGAUGCCCAACUUUGCUAAUUAUUAGAGAAACGCAAAUAAAAGCUACAAUGAGGUAUCACCUCACACUGGUCAGAAUGGCCCUCAUCAAAAAGUCUACAAACAAUAAAUGCUGGAGAGGGUGUGGAGAAAGGGGAACCCUCCUAUGCUGUUGGUGGGAAUAUAAAUUGGUACAACCACUAUGGAGGACAGUGUGGAAGUUUCCUUAAAAAACUAAAAAAAUUAAUAGAACUACCAUAUGAUCUAGCAAUCCCACUCCUGGGCAUAUAUCUGGAGAAAACCAUAAUUCAAAAAGAUACAUGCACCCCAGUGUUCAUUGCAGCACUGUUUACAAUAGCCAAGACAUAGAAGCAGCCUAAAUGUCCAUUGACAGAGGAAUGGAUAAAGAAGAUGUGGUAAAUAUAUACAGUGCAAUGUUCCUCAGCCAUAAAAAAGAAUGAGAUAAUGCCAUUUGCAGCAACAUGGAUGGACCUAGAGAUUAUACUAAGUGAAGUAAAUUGGACAGAGAAAGACAAUGAUAUCACUUAUAUGUGGACUCUAAAAAGAUGAUACAAAUGAACUUAUAUUCAAAACAGAAAGACUCAUUGUUUUCAAAAACAAAUUUAUGGUUACCAAAGGAGAAAGGUGGGGGGAGGGAUAAAUUAGGAAUUUGGGAUUAAGAGAUACUACUUUAUAUAAAAUAGAUAAUUAACAAAGACCUACUCUCUAGCACAGGGGACUAUACUCAGUGUUCUGUAAUAAUCUAUAUGCAAAAAGAAUCUGAAAAAGAAUGGAUAUAUGUACAUAUAUAACUGAACCACUUUGCUAUACACCUGAAACUAAUACAACAUUGUAAAUCAACUAUACCCCAAUAUAAAAUAAAAAUUAAAUUAGAAAAUAAAAAUUAAAAGAAAGUAACUACUGCUCAUGAUUGUGAAAAAUUUUGUAAUAUUAUUUCCAGAUUUUCUACAAAUAAAUAUUUGUUUACUAAGUAAAAUAUUUUUACUGAAAUGGUUCUUUGAAAAGCAUGCUGAUUUAUUAUAUAUAAGCUUUAAAAUUUUUUUUGAGGUAUACUUUUCACAUAAUAAAAUUCUCCAAUUAUCAGUGUCGAAUUCAAUGAGUUUUGAAAGCAUACAUAUAUAUCUACCACCAUAAUCAUGAUAUAGAACAUUUCCUUCAUCCCCCAAAAUUGAUAUGUCCUUUUGCAGUCAAUCCCAUCCUCCCACCCUUGGCCCUUGGCAAAUGAUUUGUUUUGUAUCAUUAGUUUUGCUUUCUUAGAAUUUCAUAUAAAUGGAAUCAUAGAAUAUGUAAUCUAUUGUGUUUGGCCUUUCACUUAGAGUUUUGAGAAAAGAGUUUAUAGAUUUUCUACAAAUAUUUAUCUACUAAGUA